AUGUACAUAAAGAAAGUGAUCAUCCAGGGUUUCCGCAGCUAUAGGGAUCAGACAUGUCCGGAAGAGUUCAGUCCACACCACAAUAUUAUUGUCGGCCGAAAUGGCUCCGGAAAAUCUAACUUCUUUCAAGCCAUCCAGUUCGUGCUAUCAGAUGAAUACAGCCACCUUGGCAAUCAAGAGCGACAAAACCUGUUACACGAAGGAACGGGCCCCAGGGUCAUAUCAGCCUAUGUGGAAAUGAUAUUUGACAAUUCGGAUAAUCGUAUUCCGUUUGAUAAAAGCGAAGUUUCCCUUCGUCGGAUAAUAGGCAGCAAGAAAGACCAGUACUUUCUUGACAAGAAGAUGGUUACGAAGGCCGACGUCAUGAAUAUGUUAGAAAGCGCUGGUUUCUCACGCAGCAACCCGUACUAUAUCGUCAAGCAGGGAAAAAUCACACAGUUGGCAACGGCACCGGAUACUCAAAGAUUGAAGCUGUUGCGCGAAGUGGCCGGCACGAGAGUUUACGAUGAAAGAAAGGAGGAGAGUAAACAAAUUUUUAAGGAUUCAGAGGCAAAACGCGAACAAAUAUCGGAACUGCUCAACAGCAUCGAAGAUCGUUUGCGCACUCUCGAAAGCGAAACCAAGGAGUUAAAAGAGUACCAGCGCUGGGAUCGUGACCGUCGGGCUCUCGAAUAUACCAUCUAUGAUCGUGAGCUGAAAGAGACACGAAAGAAGUUGGAUGAGAUUCAGUCUCGUCGUGAGCAAAGCAGUGAAAGUACCGCUGAGAUUCGUCGAGCCGCCAAGGAGUGCGCGGACCAAAUCGAGCGUCUGGAAAGAGAUCUGCGCGAUAAUCGUCUUAAAGAGGCUCAAAUGCAGGAUGAAGUGGAACAAGUUCAGGCUUCCGUUAGCGAUGUUCUUCAGCGGCGUGAGCAACUGCAGCUAACGAUUGCGGAUUAUUCAGCCACUCUGCGUGGUGGCAAAUCCGUACGAGAACGUGCAGCCGAUGAGCUCAAUCGAGUGCGCGAACAGAUUGGUCUCGUGGAAAAACGUUUGGCAGAGCUUCGUCCGCAGUACAAAAAAGCGAAACAGUAUGAAGAUGAGCUGGCGAACACCCUCAGUGAUGCGGAACAUCGCAGGAAGGAACUCUAUGCCAAACAAGGUCGCGUGAAUCAGUUCCAGUCACGCAGCCAGCGUGAUGCUUGGAUGAAAGAACAGAUGAAAAGUUUGGCCAAAGCCAUCAAAGAUAAAGAGAACACCAUAACCAAACUGACAGAAGAGAUUAGUGGAGACGACGAACGUCUGGCGAAAUUGCAGCAAGAUCUCGAAGUGGCAGAGGAAAAUAUGAAUUGUGUUCGAAAAGAGUUAGAGACGGUCGCAGAGGAACAGCGUCGCCUUCGUCGAGAGAAGGAUGAGAUUCAAACCGAUCGUCAAACCGUCUAUCGGGAAGAGACACGGAUCGCCCACGAAUUGAACAACUCCCGCGAUGAACUGGCUCGAACUGAGCACAAUCUCCGCUCCAUCACCGGAAAAGCUAUCCUAAGUGGCUUGGACUCCGUUCGCAAGGUCAUUGAGAUCUUUCGCGAUCGUUACGGAUCCGAAUGCGAUAUCGUACAGGGCUAUUUUGGAACCCUUAUCGAGUUGAUCGAUUGUCCGGAGACCUUUUACACCAGCGUGGAGGUCACCGCAGGCUCCCGCCUUUUCUACCAUGUAGUGCAAAAUGACAAGCAAGUCAUUCGCAUCAUCGCGGAGAUUAACAAACACAAUUUGCCCGGAGAGGUUCAUUUUCUGCCUAUAAACCGCUUAUUUGUCCAAGAAUCACAUUAUCCCGAGACGAACGACGCUAUUCCGAUGAUUUCCAGACUCAACUUCGACGAUAAAUUUCGCUCAGUGAUGUUGCAUAUUUUCGGCAAAACGCUGAUCUGUCGAAGCAUAGAAAUCGCGACACAGCUGGCCAGAACUAAAAACUUUGAUUGCAUCACUUUGGAUGGAGACCAGGUAUCUCGCAAGGGCACCCUGACAGGCGGUUACUACGACAAUCGUUUGUCUCGCUUGGAGUUGCAGAAACGUAAACAAAAGACGGAGAUGGAGAUACAAGAGACGGAGAAUGUGCGGGAGAACAAUGCGAAGAGAAAGGAGCAAGUGGACGCGCAGAUUAAUCGCAUCAUUGAUGACAUUCAACGCAAAGACACAGUUCGGUCAAAACAUGAAAUGACUUUUGACAAGUUGAAGAAGGACAUGCAUAUGUGGAAGGAAGAACUUCGGGCGAAGAAGGAGGCCAAACCAAAAAAGGAGGCUAAACUAUCCUCUCUUCGGCACGAUUUGGAUCAGAUGAAAUACACCAUGGAGUCAUACAAGAAAGAAAUGGGUACCGAUUUACUCAGUCAGUUGUCUGUCCAGGAGCAGCGUGAAGUGGACCGGCUGAAUGACAAAAUCCAAGAAUUGACUCGCGAAGCCAAGGAAGCAUAUAGACAACGUAUUACCCUUGAAACCGAAAAGAAUGAGAAAGAAACGCUCUUGGAGCACAAUUUGCUACGCAAACAGGAGCAGCUGGAGACCGAAUUUGCCGAGGCAUCCGAGCACGACUUACAAGAUCGAUUGGCAGAAGCCGAGGAUGAGUUGCGCGAGGUUGAACGGCGCAUUGAAGCCGCCCAACGCACAGUCGACGAGGUGGAGACUCGUUUAGCUAAUCUACUCAAUGAGCAACAACAACUGGAAGCUGAACGAGAACGAAAGAAGCAGGAGGAGAAGGAGUACGCUGAACGCAUCCAAGAAGAUCAACAGAAUCUUGAAAAACUGCAGUCGAAACAGAGCCAACUGCUGAAAAAGAAAGAAGAGAAUUUAAAGAAGAUUCGCGAUCUGGGGUCACUACCGGCAAACGCCUUUGACAAAUUUCACGAUAAAAGCAUGAAACAACUGUUCAAACUAUUGGACGAAGCCAAUCGGGAACUGAAACGUUACAGCCACGUGAACAAAAAGGCCUUGGACCAAUUCGUCUCGCAUUCGGAAGAGAAGGAGAAAUUACUCAGACGGAAGGAUGAGCUAGACAAAGGUUGUCAAGCGAUCAAAGAUUUAAUGAACGCGCUAGAUCAUCAGAAAUACGAGGCGAUUCAGCUGACGUUCAAGCAGGUAUCCAAGAACUUUCAGGAUAUUUUCAAGCGUCUUGUACCCGAAGGGCGCGCGGAAUUGGUCAUGAAGAUAGGAGCCCGGGAGAACGAUGAUAGUAGUGACGAGGAUACUGAAGGCGGCGAUGCUCCUCCUCCCAAUGUGGAGCGCUUCACCGCGGUUGGAAUUCGCGUCAGUUUCACCGGUGACUCCGCGGAUAUGCGCGACAUGAAUCAGCUCUCUGGUGGACAAAAAUCGCUGGUAGCUCUCACAUUAAUUUUCGCCAUCCAGAAGUGCGAUCCAGCCCCAUUUUACCUGUUCGACGAGAUUGACGCCGCCCUAGACGCCCAGUACCGAAAAGCGGUUGCUGACAUGAUCCGGGACCUCAAAUCCGAGGCCCAGUUCAUCACAACCACCUUCCGACCAGAGUUGUUGGAAUCCGCCGAGAAGUUUUACGGUGUCAAGUUUCGCAAUAAGGUCAGCCACAUUGAAUGUGUGACCAAGGAGGAAGCGCUUGACUUUGUCGAGGAUGACCAGACUCACGGAUGA